ACCGCUGGACGUGAAAGUAGGCGUUACCUUGCGGUUGAUUUCGUUAUGUAAUCAUGAACUGUAACACACAAAACCAAUCAUCAGAUGAACCAGAGAAACUUCGUAAAACAAGGGAAAAAGAGAAUAGACAAACAGCUAUUUGUGCUAACUUUGACAAAUCAAUCGUUCUAUGGAGUCCAGGCGAUAUUGGCAGUAUGGUAUUACAUGAGGGUUUCAAUCUACAUAGAAUGCCAAAAAACUAUCUUACAAGGAAAUCCUACAUCGAAAAACUAAUCUACCAUGCUACAAUGUCAGAUUCAAUCAAAUCUCCAUUUGCUGGGUUUGUUGCUACUGUUUAUUUAUACCAAUAUGAAUUUUAUUAUUAGAUUCAAAGUAGCCAAUGAAUAUUUAAAUGAACUGGAUCAUAUUGAUGUAAUCAGUGGAAUCAAAACAUUCAAAUCGUUUAUUCGAUCUUUUUUCAAAAAUAAUAGUCGUACAUCAACUAUGAUUCAUAAAAUAGGAAGAACAUGGCUUCUGAAUGAAUUCGAUAUUGAUUCAUUCUUGUUAUCCGGAGGUGAAUGUCACGAAUGGUUAUGGCUUCGUGAAUUUCUAAAAAAGGAAGAUUAUCGUUUGUGUUCUCAUUCAUUGUCGCGUAAUGUGUUGAUUUCAAAUGAUCUUGAAUCGAAAUUUCUAUAUCAUACGGUUUUCCAAUCCCCUGAACUUGGCUUGAAAAAAAUACAAAUGUUACAACCAAAAAGUUUACCUUCAUCAAGUGGUGAUGAUCAUGCUGGAAAUGAAAUCACUAAAGAAGUAGCUUGCACUCCGUUGGAUCUGAGUUCUGUUGGGGUUGAACAUUUGUCCAUGGUAGACGUCGCAUUGUCAUCAUCAUUGGACGAUGCAGUUACAACCAACAAUGCUGAACAAAAUAAUGAAAGUAGACAGUUUCGAUCAUCAUGGGUUAUAAAUCCAGAUCAAUAUCUUCAUACUGCUGAAUGGCAAUUAAAAGAUCUCAGUUUUAUUGUGGGCUCUGAUAUGCCUAUAUUCGGCACACCGAAACAUCCUUGUAUUAGUCUAAAAUUAAGUCCAUUACAUGAGUCGAUUAAUGUUUUAACCGGAAUUGAUGUAUGGCUUGAAAAUAUUAUCAAUGAAGUCCCCGAAGUGGCUAUGUGUUAUCAUCAUGAAGGUAUCGUCAUGCAAGAAUAUGAAAUUUACAAAACAUGUGAAAUUCCACCGAUAAUUGGAUUUGAAACGGAACAAAUUAAUCAAAUUAUACGUAAUUUAGUUAUGUUUUUAAAACGGAAUGCAACACAAGAAGGUCAUACAUAUUGGCUUGUAAAAGAACCUGGGUUAGGUGUUGUUAAACUAUAUGAUUUGACAACUUUAGGUUAUAAAGAAUUUCUAAAUAAAUGUUCAGAGGAACCUAAUGGUCGAGAGGCAUAUAUGAAAGACAAUAACCCAUUUAUCCUGCCUGUUGCAUCAUUAUGCUAUAAAUUAGCUGAAAUUCGUGUUAAAGAAUAUAUACAUUAUCGUGAAACUCAAAUUUUUCAAUCAACAACUUUUGAUUCUUUUAAUUCAACAUCGUCAUCAUCAUCUCCACGACGAUAUUCAACUGACAAUAAUGAUUUCAAUGAAAUAACUACUGUUAUGGAUGCUUUACGUUUAUUGAGAAACUGUUUAAAUUUAAUAUCAGUUCAUGAAAAUUUUUAUAAUGUGUCAGAUCUAUCAGGUUUAUCAUUUAAUCCAGCAACUACAUCACCUGGAAUACAAGAUUUAAAAUUUCGUGCAGUAUUAUUACUAUGUCGAUUGUAUCUAAUUACACCUACAAAUGUGAUUAUGACAUGUUUUAAAGAUAUUCAAGGAUUGGUAUGUGCAAGUCGAGAGACUGUUAGUGUAAAUAUUGAACAAUUUGGAAAAUCUUUGAAUUCUUCAGAAUUAAAUACAUUUACUUUAUCUGAUGAAAAUGAACAAAUUACUGGCACUACUACUAAUAAUAAAAAUUCAACAUUGGUUUCAAUCAAUUCCAAUCGUAAUUAUUUAGGUUCAAUGAUUAUUGAUGCAUUGAGGAAAUCGAAUACAUCGCAACUUUCUGAAUUAGCUAUAUCAAUUCUGGGCUCCUUCAAUCGUAAUCUUGCUUAUGGUCACCAUCGAUCUAAUCUAACUAAUACAAAUGAUCGGGAUAAAAUGCUCGCACCAUAUUCUUCAUCAGUAAACAAUCAUCACCAUCAAAAUUGUUCUGCCCAGAGUUACGAUAAUGACAGUAUAAUGAAUAAAAAUAAUGAAAUGAAUGACUCACAAACGUAUUCUUUACCAUUUGCUGUAUUAAAAUCUUAUAUUGCUAAGUCAGAAGAAUUAUGGUUCAUGGUAUAUCAACAGAUGCAUCAUACUGAUACCAUAUUGAAUCCAAUUGUAAUUGAAUCAUUAAACAUGAUAUUUCAAUACACUUUACCAGCUUUAAUGCUUCUUGAACAUUUAGUUCCAGAUAGGUAUACACAUUGUUUUACUCCUAAUGAACAACAUGAAAAACAAAUACAACUAUCUAUGAAAAAACCAAUUUGCCCAUACUGUUGUUCUUCAUGUGAUCUAAUAAAAGACUCAUUAGAUCGUUGCUGUUUAAGUGAUACAUUAUUUAUUGUAAGUUGUCUAUUUUCUGCUGCCUUUAUUUCUUAUCCGGAAGCAAUUCAACGAACUAAUCUUAUCACCACUUCAAAUCACCAUUAUCAACAAGAUAAAAAGAAGGAUUCGGAAUUAUUAACUCCUUCAGUUGAUACGUUUAUCAUGCAAUCAGCUUGUGAACAAAGUAAAAUGCAAAUGCAAAUCUAUUUGAAUACUGUUUUAUCUGGUCCAGUUAAAUUAUCGAAAAAAUUAUCAUCUAGUAUUGAAAAAUUUUCUGACGAUGAUUCUUCUGGUAUUUUAACAAAAUAUACUAAUUGGUUCAAUGCUCUAAAUUUAGCCGCUUGUUGUUUACAACGUGUAUUUCUUCAAUCGACAAAUACUAUUAAUCGUCAACAGCGCCAACAUCAUUCACGUAGAUCGAACUCGUCAAUGAUGACGAUGAUGAAACAACGAGCUAAUAAAUUUGAAUCUUCUCAUGAUUUAAAAGCGUAUAUGAAUAAAUUAAAAAUUACCAAUGACUGGUGGUCAGUAUUAAUGAACAUGUUUGUAUGCUGUUUACGUAGUAUGUGGUUGGACUGUGUUAGUGAUAAUCAAGAUGAGAUCAUUCAUUUAAACUUCAAUAAAUUCUUAGAUCAAUAUCUAAAUAUUCUAUUAUGUAAUCCAUUUGAUUCUUCAUGUAGUACUGCUACUACAUCUACUGAUAUUGUUGAUGUAACAAAUAAUAAUAAUAAUAAUAGUAGUAUAAGUAUGGUAUCAUAUCAGUUGAUUGAUACAAAUGAAUUUCAAUUAUACAAACUAUUGGCAUUAUGUUCUCAGUCAUCAUCAUCAUCAUCAUCUUCAACAUCAUUGUUACCAUGGGCGAAUAAAUUAAGUUCAUUGAAAAAAUGGCGAUCUAAUGAAGAUCAUUUAUUACCUAAUGAAACAUUAUAUUUUAAUCAACAAUAUUAUUCUAAAACAUCCAUUUUAAAUAAUAUGCAAAAUUAUAAAAAAUUUCAAUUUUCAUUAACUACAGUUUGUUUAGCUCGAUCUAUUGAAACAUUAUUACAUUAUCAAUUAUGUAUAAAUCAUAAUGAAAUACCAUCCAUACAAAUAUGUUUAGAUUUAUUACUUACAACUAAUGAAUAUUUAUCAAUUUGUUUAGAAGAAUUCAAAACUAUUCAGGGUGAUAAAUUGGAAUACUUAGACAUAGUUAAUAAUGUAUUAAAACAAGUUUUACGUUAUCUCCCAUCGGAUCUCACUCCUUAUUCAAUUACAUCAUCGUCAACUACUAGUUCACCCACGACUACAGAAAAUGAUAGCACCAACAACAACAACACAGCUGUCAAUAAAGAUAUUUUGCGAAUUUUUGUUAAUUUACGUUUACACCAGUUAAACGUUAUGCUUUUACGACAUCAUCAUGGUGUAACAUUUAAACGUGGCAAAUCACAAACUCCUGCUUGGUUUACAAUGAUUACACAAGCUAGAACUACAUUAGAUUGGCAUGCUUCUUAUUUAGCUAGUAAUACUAAUAUUAUCACUUCUAAGGGGGAAGAUAAACACUUGAACAUUGAUUUACAAGAUGUGAUUUUACAUGUGACUUUGUUAAGUCAUCUUGUCAGUUUGCAGACAGUAAAUCAAGAUGUAUUAUCUAUAUUCGGUAUUCAAGCUAUUCUUCGAGAUAUUUGUAGAAUUCAUCCUAUCCUAAAAUUAUUGACUAGUUCUUCUGAUUAUUUCACAACAAAUCCAUUAUAUUCUAAUCUACAAGGUCCUUUAAAUUCAAUUUCAAACAAUUUAACUAAAUUAUGCGAUACACUAGCUAGAAAAUCACAAACUAAACGUGAAAAUAAAUCUGACUUCAAAUUAACUAACAGUCAACAUGUCAAAAAAACUAAACAAAAGAAUAGUGGUAGUAACAACAAUCGACUAACAGAACAAAACAUCCCAGAAACUAAUGAUUAUUAUCAUGAAAACUUUUCUUCAGAAUUUUUAUUAUUGUCGAACAUAAAAAAACAGCAACAACAACAACAGGAUAAUUUUUUAACAACAAAACAAACUAUCAAUGAAGCAAACAAUUCACCAUCACUACAACCAUCAUGUCAAGCAUUCAAUAAUCACUGUCAAGUUCUACAAUGUCAAAUUGAACAUUUAACAAAGUAUUUAAGUGAAUUAUGAGAAAUAAAAGCACCCAAAGAAAAAGAAGAGUAAAUAACUAUCCUACUCAUAUAUUUAUUUUUUUAUUCACACUACCUAAGCUUUCUGUCCUCCUGUUUCAUAUGUAGAAAUUUUAUUCAUUCCCUCUUGUAUUUAACAUAGAUAUUUCUCAUUUUCAUUUGUAUAAUACACGAUUAUUAUUAUUAUUGUCUUUAUAGCCUUCAUAUUCUUUGAAAGUAACUUUGUUUGCGUUUUACACUUUGCAUAAACUAAUUCAAGAUG